GGCUCCGAAGUCCCCGCCGAGAUCGGCGCACCCCCGGACUCAAGUCGGUCAGAAGAGCUUCGGCUCAGCUAACUAAUAAGACUAAAGAAAACCCCCAAAGUUGAAGCAAAAGCUCAGACGGUGCCCAACCAGCGCAUGGGAAUUAGCAGCUACGGCUACCGCCAGCUCAUGCAGUUUCAACGUUUAUCCACUGAAAGGGUUGCUUCGGGAUCUAGUUAGUCUACAACCUCCCAUUGACUUAUCUAGUGGUUUUUUUCUAUUCUAGUUUCCUUUCAUUCCCCCAGGAACCGGAACCUGUUUUCUUUUCGUCAUACCUUGUUUCCGUCAUCUUAUUCUUCGUAUCAGACUUUGAUAUUGUACUUUUCUGUGUUUCUGAACGAGUUACAAGGAGAAAAGAUAAGAAGAGAUUGGAUCUUGGAUCAUCAUGAAAGACUCUGAUGCGCCGGCGCUGGUUCUCGCCGGGACAACUACGCCCGAGCAGAUCACCACCAAAAACACAUGGAAUACCAAGAACUUGAUAUCGCGACUCGGCACUGACUUUCUUUCUGCUGCGAGCGCUGCUUCAAUGGUAGCGCCCAUCAUUGCCAUUAUCGACCGCUCCAUCAUGGAAAACGCCUCAGGCGCAAACACCCUCGCAAACUCAGUCAAAUCCUCCCUCCGAACCCUCUUCACCCGCCCACACACAAUCCUCUUCUCCAAGCCUACAGCGCUCAUCUUCUGCCUCUACGGCGGGACAUAUCUCACCGCCAACGCCGUCGACACCUCGUUCUCGACCGUCAACAACAAGCCCGCCUCGAGCAUCACAGCCGGAACCACAAAGUUCGCUGCGUCCAGCGCCACAAACAUCGGAGUCUGCAUCUACAAAGAUCAAGUCUUUGUGCGCAUGUUUGGUCCCCCUGGUGUUGUCCCUAGACCUGUCCCUCUCGCUUCAUACACUCUCUUUGCGCUGCGCGAUUGCUUGACCAUAUUUGCCUCGUUCAAUGUGCCGCCUUUGCUGGGACCGUAUCUGGAUAAGCGGUUUUCCGAGGAGAUGAAGAAGAGAGUCUCUGGACUCUAUGCAGCGCAGUUCAUGGCCCCUGCUAUGGUGCAGUUCAUUUCUACGCCUAUGCAUUUGUUCGGUCUAGACUUGUACAAUCGUCAAGCGACUGGACCCGGGGGAGCUGUCGUGACGAUGCGUGAUCGAUUAGAUCUUGUGCGGCGCAACUGGUUCAUCAGCUCUGUCGCGAGAAUAUGUCGAAUUGUCCCUGCUUUUGGAGUCGGUGGUGUCGUCAACAUGAAAGUUCGCAAGAACCUCAUGACCAAGCUGGAGUAGACGACGUCAUAUCCAACACAUCAUCUCAUACUGCAAGAGACUAUUUCCUCUGCAGAUUCUUUUGAUUUCAGGCGUUUACAGUUACGAGGCUACGUGGCUAUGGUUCCAUUUACUUGUUUGGUCUUGUUAAGAUCCACGGCAUCGGGAGUUAAUGUUAAAUCUCAUGGUUUUUCUACGGAUGGUGGAAUACAAAAGAGCAUACGAUGACGAUCCAUCACUCGUAAUAGACUUCUAGAACACGAUAGACAGGAUACUAGGUAGCGAAGGGAAGAGUCAAGACUGAUUACGGCCAACUCGAUGAAAUGAGAAACUGAUCCGAUCUAAGGUAUUCGACCUUGACCUGCAAGUGAGAGAAAUGCAAUUUGUGAACUACAAACACCGCUGACAUUAACAUUGAUAUUCACAUGCAUCGCUUACACAAAAUAACACAAUUGUCGCUUUCAUUCAUCACGCUCAU